AGUCCACAUCACAGUCGGCAGUGGCACAAAUCGGCAUUAAUGAUGGAAGUCACUCGGCUUAUUUGUAGUGACGCGUUUCUGACUGUAGUGACAUUGACCUUCAUUUGAAGACAGAUGCUAUAAAAAAGAAGAAGCUGCAGUGACGCGUUCGUUGUUGUUAUAUUGUGUUACAUAUCCUUCAAUAUCCUCACUUUAGCAGUUCUAACAUUACUGCUACAUAAUUGCUAACCUAACCUAUAUUCGUGAAGACUAAUGACUCGUUAACGUAUUUAUGUGAUUUUAUAUUGAUAUUUAGACAGCUGUGUGACAAUAAAUAAUGGCGUCAGGAUUAGAGAGUUACGUGAAUCAUACAGUUUCUAUUAUCACGUCGGAUGGUAGGAAUUUCAUUGGUACCCUGAAAGGUUUUGAUCAAACUAUCAAUCUAAUUUUGGAUGAAUCACACGAGCGUGUAUACAGUACGACACAGGGAGUGGAGCAGGUUGUCUUGGGCUUGCACAUUAUCAGAGGAGAUAACGUAGCGAUAGUAGGAGAGAUAGACGACGAAAUGGACGCAAGAUUGGAUCUAUCAACAAUACGAGCUGACCCCCUAAGUUCUAUUACCCAUUAAUGAAUAUAUCUGAAAUUGCAAUUUGGAAUCGUCGUCUAUUCUCAUCUAAAUUUAAAAUAAGAACAUUAUCGCGAGCAUUAUAAGAAAAAAAAGUAAUACAACUUUUCACAUAGGUUGUAUAUUGUACAAAAAUCUUCCAUUUGUCAUAUGUAGACACAUGUUUAGCAUAUAAUAACUGUAUUUUAAAAAGUGCACAGAGUUAAUACAGCAGUAUUUACAUCAUUGAAACAAACCGAAAACUUUCGUUUGAAUCAACAACUCUCGUCUGUACAAAAAUCUUGCUACAUAUAAUGAUAGUAAACUUUACAAAUGUAUUUUCUUUACAAAUGUAAUUUCGCUCUGCGUUUAUAUAAUGUAGCAAUAAUAAUAAACAAAAGUGUAUAGAUUAACAUCGA